CGAUCCUGUUAUUGCAGAAGUAGUGCUAAAGUCUUGUCUGGAUAAAGACAACACUACCAUGAAAUUCAUAAGAGAACUCUUGGGCAAUGGAAACAUAUUUGCACCUGUAAGCAUUUGGCGUCCUCGUCGCAAGAUCCUCGCGCCUAUCUUCAGCAUAAAGAACCUGAAUUGCUUCGUGCCUAUCUUCGCCGAGCAGAGUGAGAUUAUGGUACAGCAGUUGGAAAGAGAGGCCGGCAAUGGAGACUUUUCCUUCUGGAAAUAUAUUACGACUUACACAUUUGAUGCUAUUUGUAAAACCAGCUUGGGUGUAGACUUAAAUUCUCAGCAGCAAUCAGACCAUCCGUUUUUGGAGGCUUUCGAAAUAACACUGCAUCUUAUGUCAGAACGACUUAGCUGUCCUUGGUUGUAUCUCGACUGCAUAUAUGAGCGAUUGACGAGAUAUAAAACAUUUGUUCCUAAGAGGGAUCUAAUGUUUCAGUUUGUUGAUGAGCUAAUUAAAAAGAAGCGAAAGGAACUAUCGACUCGCGAUAGUGACGGAGCGAAGAGUAAUAAGCCAGAAAUGCGUACAUUCCUCGAGAUGCUAAUAGAAUCCUCGGGUGGACCUCAAGGUUACACAGAACUGGAGUUACGUGAAGAGGUGCUGGUCAUCAUCUUAGCUGGCACGGAUACAUCUGCUGUUGGUGCUGCUUAUACGGCGGUGAUGAUGUCUAGGUAUCCUGAGGUUCAGGAGAAGGUGUAUCAAGAACUGCAAGAAGUAUUUGGCGAUAGUGACCGCCCAGCAACAGUUCAAGAUCUGCCCCGUCUAAAAUAUCUAGAAGCUGUGAUAAAAGAGACCCUGAGGACUUACCCAGCCGUCCCGGUAGUUGUGAGGGAAGUCCUAAACGACGUGGAACUGCCAACUGGCACAAAGUUAGUAAACGGAGUGGGUAUCCUCAUAAACUUCUGUGCUAUGCACCGAAACCCGGCAUACUGGGGUGAAGAUGCCGAUGUAUUCAGACCAGAAAGGUUCCUGGAGGGACCCUUGAAGCAUCCCGCCCAGUUCAUGCCUUUCAGCUACUCCUUGAGGAACUGUGUUGGGUCAACGUACGCCAUGAUGUCCAUGAAGACAGUAUUAUCAGCGCUGAUCCGCCGCUACCGGCUGCUGCCCUCAACCCUCGAACUGAGGGCCAAGUUCUGCGUCAUGAUGAAGGAUUCUGCUGGUUAUACUUUAAGGAUUGAGCACAGGCACCGAAGAUCUGUAGCAUAA